CAAGGGAAGGAAAAGACAACAGAAAACAGAAUAAACAAAUGACCAAAAACAGGAAAAAUAAACAAAACAAGAAUCAGUCAUGACAAUCUCAGCAGGUUCUUUGUAGAGGUGUAGCAAUCGUAUUCUUCCUCCUCCUUCUUCUCUGGCUCAUUUCCUCUCUGUCUUUUUUCUCCCUAAAACAGUUUUCCUCUACAGAAAGUGUUUUCACUCUUCCAGACCGUCAACGGUAAAUAAUAAGCUCCAGACAGGGUCAAAUUCCAUUUCUGAUUACACACCACGCUUCGGUUCAUGUGAACCUCGAGGCUGUUUCACAUUCAGUAACCAGUACAGGACUCAAAACAGCUGAUCAGAGACGUCCCUCUCUCAGAUGAGUCCUGAGCGAUGGUUGGACGUGUUGCUGUGAUCGGAGCAGGAAGUUCCGGCCUGGUGUGUGUAAAGGUGUGUGUUGAUGAAGGUCUGCAACCCGUCUGCUUUGAACGCAGCGAUGACAUUGGUGGCCUGUGGAGGUUUAAGGAGUCCCCUGAGCUGGAGCGAGCCAGCAUCUAUCACUCCCUGGUGGUCAACACGUCCAAAGAGAUGAUGUGUUUCAGUGAUUAUCCCAUGCCUGCUGACUAUCCAAACUACAUGCACAACUCUCAGCUGCUCCAGUACUACAGACUGUACGCAGAGUACUUCGACCUGCUCAGACACGUCCACUUCAAGACAACAGUGAAGAGCGUCUCACAGAGAGCAGAUUCCUCUAAGUCAGGUCAGUGGGACAUAGUGACCGUUAACAGGGACGGAGAGGAGGAGAGACACGUGUUUGAUGCAGUCCUGGUGUGUUCAGGUCACUACACACAUCCAUCUUUACCUCUGAAAGACUUUCCAGGACAUGAGAAGUUUUCUGGUCGUUGUUUACACAGCUGGGAAUUUAAAGAUGCUGAUGCCUGCAGAGGAAAGAGGGUGGUGGUGGUUGGAAUCGGAAACUCUGGAGGGGACAUCGCAGUAGAGAUCAGCAGAUCUGCAGAGAAGACGUUCCUGAGCACUCGGCAGGGCGCCUGGGUUAUCGGCAGGAUGUCCAGUGCCGGUCUUCCUCUUGACAUGACCGCCAUCACCCGGCUGAAUAACACCCUCAUGCGGCUUCUCCCAAAGACUCUGAUUAACUGGGCUGCAGAGAGAUCGCUGAACCAGAGAUAUGACCACAGAGUGUACGGCUUGCAGCCCAGACACAGACCUUUAGACAGACGGCCUCUGAUCAAUGAUGAUCUUCCUGGUCGGAUUCUUCAGGGAGCACUCGUGAUGAAACCAAACCUGAGGAAGUUCACAGAGUCUGGAGUGGUGUUUGAAGACGGGUCUGUGGAGGAGAACAUUGACUCAGUGGUCUUCUGUACGGGGUAUAAAGGAACAUUUCCGUUCCUGCCUGCCAGUCUGACUGAGAGCAGUCACAGAGAGUUCACACUGUACAAACGAGUGUUUCCUCCGUCUCUGUCUCCGCCCACGCUGGCCGUCAUGGGUCUUUUCCAGACUAAAGGACCUAUCAUGCCUAUUGUUGAGAUGCAGGCCAGGUGGGCAGUGAAGGUCUUUACAGGUAUGAGUCGUCUCCCUCCUGAGAAGAAAAUGCUGAACGUCAUCAAGUCUGAGAGAAAGAUGAACAUUAAGAGCUAUCCAUGCCCCCGUCAGGCUGCUCUGCAGGUGGAUUACAUCUCCUACCUUGACUUCAUGGCUGAGCAGGUGGGCGUUCGACCAAACCUCCUGGUUCUUCUGCUGACGGAUCCUGUGCUCUGGAUGAAGGUCUUCUGUGGUCCGCUCACUCCUUAUCAGUACCGUCUGAACGGGUCUGGACGCUGGACCGGAGCCCGUCAGGCCAUCCUGACUCAGUGGGAACGAGUUCUUCAGCCUUUCAGGACCAGAUCAGUACCAGAGCUAGACAGCAGACCUUCGCUCAGCCCUCCCUGGAUGCUUGUAUUUGGAGGAUCUUUGGUCGCCGCUCUUGUUUUGUCCCUUCAGGGCCCAUAUCAGAUCCUGGACUGUUGUUUAUUUGGGGGCUUUCUGUGUCUCUAUUUAGAGACAGGACAGUAGAUUGUCAUGGCUCUCUCACUCUGGCUCCCUCCUGAUUGAGGUUCAUUGCUUUCACCUGCUCUCACCGGCACACCAGCUCUCCAUCUCCUCAUCAACUCAGCAGUAUAUAUACCUCGGCUCUCCAUCCACUCAUCGCCAGAUUGUUGUAUCAACUACUGCGGUAGACUACGGCUCAGGCUAAAUUAAGAUUUUGAAAAAAACCUUUGAAAUUAAUCUUUUGUGCUUGUUUUGGGUUUUGAGUCUCAACCUGUUUUUCCUUUGCUUCAGGAUCACCAUUCACCCACCUGCCUUCCUGCUCAGCCAUCUGCCUCAACCUGCUCUCUGGACUCAAAACUGCUCAGCCACACUCACACCCCUACUCUGGUCUGGUCAGCCUUCGUCCCCUUCACUCUGCUAACCUCCAGAAUCUUCAACCCAUUUUCAUCUCUAUUUGCCACAAUAAACUUCAUUACCAAUCAA